AUGCAGUAUGUAAAGGCCAUGGCCGCGGCUCGUGUGAUGAAGGACUCCCCACAGACGGUUUUGUGUGAGCGGCAUGCGAACAUGAUCAUUGUGUGCCCCGGUCCUGUCGUUUGGGUGCGACGAUCCGGCGAACCGUCUGCCUCCACGUCUCACAACGCAACGUCUGGCUGCUGGUAA